AUGGGUGCCAUGACAUUAGGGACUGGAGAAGUACACACGAAGAAGAAAAAGAAGGAUCGUCACGCUUACCAUCAGGUGGAGGCUACUGGAUCUUCGCAAGCAUUCAAUGGUAUGCCAAGCGCAGGGACGCCAGCCUCACAGUUCCUCAAUGCCGAUCCGUCACUCUCUGGGCCUGGCGGGCAGUUCCUUAAUGCCCAAGGAAAUCAAUUCUCUAGCCAGGCUGGCGCGAAUAUUGCGCCUGGUCCUGUAUCUCCGAAUCCAUUCAACGCCCCUAUCAAUAGCAGCAGCGAGGCAAGUCCGUCUCCCGCUUUUAUUCCGACUUCUGGGCAGCAGGGUGUGAUGGCAAACGAUAUGCCGAGCGUGCCCGUUUCGAGAGACUCUGUUCAACAAUACUACCUCGGAAACGUUUAUCCCACUUUCGAAAAGCAUGUCCCGCCACCAGCUACCACCUCUUUUGUAGCGUUUGAUCAGGGCAACUCAUCGCCGAAAUACACCCGACUGACGAUGAACAACAUUCCCGCAACGGCUGAGGGCCUCGCCAGUACCGGCCUUCCUCUCGGCCUUCUUCUACAACCCCUAGCACCUCUGCAGCCAGGGGAGCUUGAAAUUCCUGUCUUAGACUUUGGCGACUCCGGUCCUCCCAGAUGCAGGAGAUGCCGCGCGUACAUCAAUCCAUUCAUGAUGUUCCGGUCAGGAGGCAAUAAGUUUGUCUGCAACCUAUGCACAUAUCCCAACGACACUCCGGCAGAGUACUUCUCCGCGACAACUCCCCAAGGCGUGAGGGUGGACCGUGAUCAGCGACCGGAGCUUACACGUGGCACCGUAGAGUUCGUUGUACCAAAGGAGUACUGGACGAAGGAGCCCGUCGGGUUGCGGUGGUUGUUCCUCAUUGACGUCACUCAAGAAUCUUACAAUCGAGGUUUCGUGGAAUCAUUCUGCGAAGGUAUCCUUGCCGCAUUGUAUGGGGGUGAUGGCACAGACGAGCCAGAUGAAGGAGGCGAGGCAAAGCGUAGCAUCCCAGCUGGUGCCAAGGUUGGCUUUGUUUCUUAUGACAAGGAUAUUCACUUCUACAAUGUCAGCUCAGCACUCGAUCAAGCUCAGAUGAUGAUCAUGCCCGACCUCGAGGAUCCUUUUGUACCUCUGAGCGAUGGCCUCUUUGUUGACCCCUACGAGUCAAAAGAUGUCAUCUCAUCUCUGUUGACAAGGCUGCCGGAGUUGUUCUCCAACGUCAAGAACCCGGAGCCUGCUCUCCUCGCAACACUCAAUUCAGCGACGGCUGCCCUGGAGAAGACAGGCGGUAAAAUCGUGUGCGCCUGUUCUGCACUCCCUACAUGGGGCCCCGGUAGGUUGUUCCUGAGAGACGAAGGCAAGCACCCUGGCGGUGAGACGGACAAGAAGCUUUUUACAACCGAGCACCCUGCCUGGAAGAAGACAGCGGAGAAGAUGGUGGCCUCUGGAGUAGGUGUCGACUUCUUCCUUGCUGCGCCAUCAGGUGGAUACCUCGAUAUCGGCACCAUUGGUUAUGUCGCCUCCACUACGGGCGGCGAGACGUUCUAUUAUCCCAACUUCAUCGGAGGCAGGGAUAAUGCCAAGCUCUCUAUGGAGAUCAAGCACGCGGUGACACGAGAGACCGGCGUGCAAGCGCUGAUGAAGGUCCGUUGCUCGAACGGUCUACAAAUAUCGGGUUAUCACGGCAACUUUGUCCAGCACACUUUUGGUGCUGACCUCGAGAUUGGUGUCAUUGACGCGGACAAAGCCAUGGGUGUGACGUUCACGUAUGAUGGCAAGCUGGACUCCAAGUUGGAUGCUCACUUCCAGUCCGCUCUGCUGUAUACGUCAGCCUCUGGUCAACGCAGAGUGCGAUGCUCCAACGUGAUCGCAAGCGUCAGCGACCACGCAAGGGAUUGUGUCAAAUUCAUCGACCAGGAUGCUGUUUAUUCGAUACUGGCCAAGGAGGCGAGCACAAAGCUGGACACGACGUCGGCAAACCUCAAAGACGUUCGAAACUUCCUCACGGAGCGAACCAUUGAUGUACUCGCGAAUUACCGCAAAAACUUCCUGACACAGGCGCACCCCCCGAGCGAGCUGGUCAUGCCCGAGAGACUCAAGGAGUUUGCGAUGUACAUGUUGGGCCUCAUCAAGUCGCGUGCUUUCAAAGGUGGCAGCGAGAGUACUGACCGCCGAGUCCAUGAGCUCCGCAUGGUCCGGUCUAUGGGCGCCCUAGAGUUGAGCCUGUAUCUGUAUCCUCGCAUGAUCCCACUGCACAACCUGCAACCUGAAGAAGGCUUUCCUGAUGAGUCCGGCCACCUCAAGCUGCCACCAACAAUUCGGACGUCAUUCUCGUGCGUCGAGCCUGGAGGUGUCUACCUCGUGGACAACGGCCAACAAUGUCUCGUCUGGUUCCACGCCCAGACCUCCCCCAACCUCAUCGCAGAUCUGUUUGGCGAGCAAAACACGAGCUUACAGAGCCUCGACGCCUACACGUCCUCGCUUCCCAUCCUUCAGACGCAUCUAAAUGCCCAGGCGCGCAACAUCAUUGAGUUCCUCAAGACGAUGCGUGGCUCAAAGGGUAUGUCCAUCCAGCUUGCGCGUCAAGGGAUCGAUGGUGCCGAAUACGAAUUCGCGCGCAUGCUGUUGGAAGACCGCAAUAAUGAGGCCCAAAGCUACGUCGAUUGGCUGGUCCAUUUGCAUAAGGGAGUGCAGCUCGAGUUGACGGGACAGAGAAAGCGGGAAGACCAAGCGACAGAAGGCGGCGCCCUGUCCACUUUCAGCGGUCUUCGGCCUGCUUACUGGUGACGGAUUUAUCAAGACGACAGGGCGGAAUCGACAUGUGGGUGACAGCAUAUGGGGUUGGGAGCAAUGGGGCAAGGGGCCAUAUGCAUGAAAGCGACGCGGGUGUCUACUUGCUUAAAGGAAAAGAUUAGUCGACAGUCGGUAGUGAUGUUAACGUUGAUUCGGAGAGCAACAGAUGACGUGAAUGCGUACACGCAUUUCUCAAAACAAGUCCGUCAGCC